AUGCGAAUUUCACUCCUCCUGUUCCCGCUCCUCGCGGGCGCAAGGAAUAUCUUCCAGCCGCGGGCGGAAUGCAAUCAGCAGCCUCUUGUGGCAGUUCCAGAGGCUGAAAGAACAGAUGGCAACCCCAAACACCUCCAGAACAUGAUGGACGUUUUGAACACAAUGCAGGCAAGAUAUUUCAGUCUCGACGUGGCAAUAUGGGCAACUGCCAUAGAUUGGACGGCGGCUGUCUUGGGCACCCAGGUGUCAGCGACACUCACUAGCCUUGCCAGCUCGUUUCCACCAGUCACUGAAGAAUGCAAGACUGCCGUUGCGUGGCACAAUCUGAUCAAUAAAUACUUCGCACACACUUCGAUGUUCUAUUUCGGAGAGAACACUUUUAGCCUUCGCAAUCAGGCAUACGACGAUAUGCUAUGGGUGGUUCUCGGCUGGCUCGAGAACAUCAAGUUUUCCGUCUAUCAUUCUCGCAGGCAUUUUCAAGGGAUCAAGCACAUGCGUCCGGCACCGGAUUGGCACGGGAACCAGUUCAGCCCUAACGCGGCACAUCGAGCACGCAUCUUCUGGGAGUUGGCAAGCGUCGGCUGGGACGAGAAGCUCUGUCACGGUGGAAUGGUCUGGAAUCCGAAUUUGGUACCAUACAAGAAUGCCAUCACCAACCAGCUCUUCUGUGCCGCUAGCAUCGGCAUGUACCUGUAUCAUCCAGGAGACGAGAACGACUCGCCAUUCCAAGGCGCCACUACGGGCGCAAAUAAAAAGGAGAAGGUUAAGUUUGCCAACGAGGACAGCCGACCACAUGAGCAGCGAUACUUGGAUUUUGCCGUCAAAAGCUAUCAAUGGCUGCAAGACUCGCACAUGAUUAACGACGUCGGACUCACCGCUGGACUUUACUCAGACGGCUUCCAUAUAAAAGACUGGGAAAACAAGAAGAAAAUAGGCACUGGCGAAUGCGACCAGCUCGACACAAUGGUAUACACAUAUAACCAGGGCGUCAUCCUCUCCGCCAGUCGCGGCCUCUACCUUGCCACCGGCCGACGCAGCUACCUCGACGACGGCCAUCGCCUCAUCGAGAAUGUUCUCCGCGCAACAGGCUGGCCCUGGAUCAACGGCACUCAAUGGCAGGGUCUCGGCCGCGGCGGCGUCCUCGAGGAAGCAUGCGAUCACCGGGGCGAGUGCAGCCAGGACGGCCAGACAUUCAAAGGAAUCUUCUUCACGCACUUCGCCGAGUUCUGCCGUCCGAUGUGGGACUUCGAAGAGGAUUGGAUUCGAGAAGACCCAUCUUGGGGGCUGCAACCUGAUGUGUGGAAACAGCAUCAGGAGAAAUGCGCCGCCUAUGGAAAGUGGGUCAAUCACAAUGCCGCCGCCGCAGAGGCGACCGUGAACCAGGAUGGUCUGUUCGGUAGUUGGUGGACGUAUAACAAAGACAUGACGGGCAUCACUGACCCCGUGGUCCUGCAGCAGAUUAUGGCCGUCGACCAGCUCCCGGUCGGCGCAGAAGAUACCAAGAACCCGGAGUACUUCAAAGACCCAUCUAUCAACACUCUUCACGGCUUCGACCAGCCGCCGCCUGGACCACAGGAUCUGAAUGACAGGGGCCGUGGCAGGACGGUGGAGUCGCAAGCCGGUGGUUUGGCUGUGGUUAGGGCGAGAUGGAACUGGGAGCUGUGGUUCGACGCUGAUCGAUUGGCGAAGGAAGAAGACCCGAAGGGAGUGUUUGCACAGGAAGUUGGGUAG